AUGGUCGAGAUUAACGGCGCGAGGGCGUACGCCUUGUGGGACGCCGGCGGCACACUCGACUCGCUCUCGCCCGAGUACGCGCGCGCGUCCGGCACGAAGGUCUAUCACCUCGACAACCCCGUCGACCUCCAGCUGGGGUGCACCGGGUCGCGUUCACGCGUGUCCUUUGGCGCCACGGCCACGGUCAGGAUCGGUGGCGACACUGUACCUACGUAUGUCGAUGUCGCCAACAUCGACAGGUACGACGCGAUACUCGGCGUCCCCUUCAUGCACGCCAAUGGAAUCACUCUCGACCUCGCACAUCGCCGAGUCCUCUACCGAGGAAAGGAACUCCCUGUUCUUUCCGAGGGGGAGGAAAAGGAGACAAAAAUGAACAGAAAACAACGAGAAGAUUCAGCAAGAAGAAGGAGAACACCGAAGAUAGAGACCCUCGAAGACGACACGCCGCAGCAAGUCAACGCCACACCGGAGCUCUGGGAGUCAGAUUCGGCGUGUAUGAGCCAGGCCGAGUUCGAGGAAUACCGCCACGAGCUCGACCGACCCAGGACCGCACGAUCUGAUAACCGCCGCGAGACGAGGAGGCGGACUGAAACCGACGCGCAACAGCAGCCAGAUACAGCAACCCGAAUCCCGGCCUCCAAUGCAGCAACGGCGGGAAGUGAUGACUGGCUGUGGAGGGGCCGUCCUCCUCAACCAGGACGAGCGGACCCGCCUAGCAAGUGGGACUACCUCCAGAAGAAGGCUCGCAAGUUCGCGCGCCGCGAACAAAUUCGUGGGGCUACGAGGACCCUGCUCCUGUACCUGACCCUUGCGACGGCAUGA